CACAGCGAGGAAUGGGAGCUCAUCAAGCAGCACAAAGCGCCCAGCAUCCUGGAGUUCCGUCCAAAGAACCAAGCCCCAACGGAGGUGCAGCUGCACUUCCUAGAAAUUCUUACCAAAGCCGUGCACAACCUGUUCCAGUACAUGGACAUCCCGAUGGACGUGGCCGUCGCCCAUCGCCUGUACGACGUCGAAGUGAUCGAACUGAACAACGAUGUAAGUUUCCUAAUCAUCUGCCCGCCGGCGGAAAGCAGCUGUGCCGUUCCGGGCCAGAAGGACAUCCUGCUGCAGCGGGGCGAUUUGUUCUCCAUGCCCAUCCAGGCCUUCGAGAUGAUCCACCUGAAGUCGUACCAGAGCAGUAUAGUGCAGAAGUACUCGCGGUUGUCAUGUAUUCUGGAGCUGGACACUAUGAUGGCCAAUCAUCUGCAUCGGGAGGCCUUCAGCACGUCGGAGCUGCAGAAAGCUAAGGAUCGGUUAGCUAAGCUUCAGGAUUUGUCUUCUGGGUUGAACACGGUGUGGAAGGGCGUUCGAUGGUUGAUGGACGUCAUAGGGUACGCUAGGGACAGGGCCAAUAUGCCGGAAUUGAACAUGAAGCAGAUCUUGGAUUACAAGAGCACGUAUUUUGGAAAGAAGAGUGGUGCUGAGAAGAAAGGAGGCAGUGAGACACAGCUGCUUCAACCGCCGACCAAUCCACCGGUAUUUCAUAAGAGUAGUCCUGGUAGGGGUUCCUGGCCUGGGCCAGCUGUUGAACACCCCUUAGGGCACAACGGUCUUCUAGAUGCGGAACACUCCAAGUCCGAGCAACUGCUAAAGUACAACAGUCAAAGAUUCCUCAACGUAAGCAAUAUGAACUCGCGUAAGAACAGUGCCGAUUCGGCAUACUCCAACUCCGCCAACAGUUACUACUCGGUGACCGAGGUUGAACCGGAAAAGGAAUUUGUAACUCCCCGAUUACCACCCUCUAGGUCCGAAGAUACCCUGGUGGAUAAGAAAAAAUCCUCGGAACAUUCCAGCGCAACCAAGAAACGGCCUCCAACGAUGUACUCCAGCUAUUCGGCUACAUCUAGCCCACUGUUGAGUGUUCGUUCGCCUUUCGUGGCCACCAUAGCCAGCGUAACGAAGGCUUCCGCUGGGGAAGACACCGAGAAUAGAACCGUUAUUCCUGCUCCCUUGAAAGUCAGCAAAAAACCUCGUGAUCAAGCUUUGAAGACGCUCAACCAAAUCGAACCGGACUACGAACCGAUCGUUACGACGUACCUAAAGCCCACCUUGACCGCCCUACAGAACGAAGCGAAAGGUUUUCAAACAGCCCUACACAUUGCCGAGGAACCACAAGGUCCUCUGCAGCAACUCCCACCGGACGUGCUGGAUCAUCGGACAAUGCCACCGGCAACUACUGUACCGGACCUUGCUCAAUCCUCCCAAAGACGACCUGUCCCGCCGGUAGCUACUACGAAUCCUCCCGAGCCCACCACAGCCACCGAAUCUAAUCCCCCAACAGAGCCGACCAGCCCACUGACGACUAGCAUCGUUCAGGUGUACGCCGCCUACGAGACCGGGCUCCCAAGUGGAACGUCCCUCAAGCUGCGCGUAACCCAGAAGACAACGGCACGGGAGGUGAUCGAUCUGGUCGUCAAGCAGCUCAACAUGGCGGUGGUCCUCAAGGGCAAGGAGGGUCCCAUCUACGCCGCCGACAAGCUGGACAACUUUUGUCUGGUGGCGGUUAUAGGGGCCAGGGAACGCUGCCUGCGGGACGACUUCCGACCGCUGCAGCUGCAGAACCCCUGGAAGAAGGGCCGCCUGUACGUGCGGCAGAAACAUGAUCUCCUAGCGGCAAUCGAACAUUCCAACCGGGAUAUGGCGGAAAUCUAGUGAUAGUGGGCGGGUGGCCGUGCGAGUGCUUGUGAUUUUUCAGAUUUUUUUAUAUGUGUGCGACUGUGUUAGGGUUAGGAGGGAAGGCGAUUUGUGCGAAGUGUGGCAUGAAGUCGUAAUGAGGACGUGAGAGAUUGCAGGAUGAGUUGUGUUGAUCGCCGAUUGCUGUUCUACUUUGAGGAAAGCUUUCAUCCAGCAACAGGAAAAGCUUCCAUCCAAAAGCUGGGAAAGGUUUCUUCCAGAAGCUGGGAAAGCUUACUUUCAGAAGCUGGAAAAGCUUCCUUCCAGAAGCUGGGAAAGCUUCCUUCCAGAAGCUGGAAAAGCUUUCUUCCAGAAGCUGGAAAAACUUCUUUCCAGAAGCUGAAGAAUCUUGCUUCCAGAACCUGGAAGGGUUUCCUUCCAGUAACAGAAAAUGCUUUCUUCCAGAAGCUGAAAAAGCUUUCUUCCAGAAGUUGGAGAAGCUUUCUUCCUGAAGCUGGAAAAGCUUGCUUCCAGAAGCUGGAAAAGCUUUCUUCCAGUGACUGAAAAUGUUGUCUUUCAGAAAGCUGGAAAAGCUUCCUUUUAAAAAUCUAGAAAAGCUUCCGUCCAGGAUUUGUAAAAGCUUCUUUCCAGGAGAUGGAAAAGUUUUCCUCCAGAAGCUGGAAAAGCUUCCUUCCAGAAGCUAGAAAAGCUUCAUUCCAGAAGCUGGAAAAGCUUCCUUCCAGAAGCCUGAAAAGCUUACUUCCAGAAGCAGGAAAAGCUUCCUUCCAGAAGCUGAAAAAGUUUUCCUUCCAGAAGCUGGAAAAGCUUCCUUCCAGAAGCUGGACAAGCUUCCUUCCAGAAGCUGGACAAGCUUCCUUUCAGAAGCUGUAAAAGCUUCCUUCCAGAAGCUGGAAAAGCUUCCAUUCCAAAAACUGGACAAGAAGCCGGAAAAGCUUCCUUUCAAAAGCUGGAAAAGCUUCGUUCAGAGGUGGGAAAAACUUGCUUCCGAAACCUAAAACAAA